AUGACAAUCCAGACAAAAAGAAAAAGAAAAUAUGUUACAUUUGCUCCUGAGCACUUGUUAAUAGAAAUUAAAUAUAUAGAAAAUCAUAAAGAUUAUUAUCAAAUAGAAGAAUUAUGGUACAUUCCACCUCUAUUAAUAAUUAAUAAUGGUGACGCUGCUGUCACUACCACCAAAGUAUUGAUAAGAAAAUCAAAAGCAAUUAAAAGUCAAGAAGCAGAACUUCAAUAUGAGCGUGAAAAACGAUUAUUGGAAACAAUUUAUCUUGAGUAUAAUCAAAUACCAGAAUCACCACAAGAACCAUUAUCAUCAGCAUUAGCAUCACCACCAUUGGAAAAACCAAAAAAAAUUCUAUUAUUUAAUGAGGAAUAUAUUUUAAAUAUCAUAAAACGAUUGAAAUAA